AUGCCUGAGUGCUUCCAGCUCAAUGGGGUUUUCUUGGUUAAGGAACGAUUAAUAAAUAUAGAGAGAUGGGAAGCUGUUUUCCAGGCAGCUCCAUUGCUGACAGAGCCUGUCCUUGUUUUUUGCAGACAGGACGAGAGGAAGAGGAGGGAGUUCCGAGAUUACUCCAAGCAGAGGAUCACCCUGGAGGCCGUGCUCAACACUGUCUGCAAGAAGUGCGGCUGCAAAGGCCACUUUGCGAAGGACUGUUUCUCUCAGCCUGGGGGAAUGAAGUAUGGCUUGGUGCCGGAGGAGGAGGAGGAGGAGGAGGGGCAGGGGGAGGGGCCAGGGCAGCAGCCCAGCCAAUCAGAGAAAGUCCCAGCCAAGAAACGGAAGAAGGAGAAGAAAAAGAAGAAGAAGAAGCACAAGCACAAGGAGAAGCGGGGCGUCUCGGACUCGGACAGCUCCGACUCCAGCAGCGGCGAGGACGGGGACACCAAGAGGAGGCGCUCCUCCUCCUCCUCCAAGAAGCACAAGCACAAGGAGAAGCGGGGCGUCUCGGACUCGGACAGCUCCGACUCCAGCAGCGACGAGGACGGGGACACCAAGAGGAGGUACUCUUCCUCCUCCUCCUCCUCCAAGAAGCAGAAGAAGAAACACAAGAUGCAGAAGCACAAGGGGCACCAGCAUCGGGAUUGAACUCGGGGAGGGCGAAGGGGGAUUGAACCCAGAGAGGGGAGAGGGGCUGCCUCGCGAUUGAUUCCCUGUGAAACCAAACCUGACACCCACCUCAUUGCUUUAAAAAGGAGGAACUCAAGUAACGGGACUGGUCUUUACUUAAAAAGAGGCCACACGUGAAAAGAUUUACAAUUAAACCUGAUAAUAGCUUU